UCGGUAACAUGGUGGCCAGUGCGCUUUUAGUUUAUUUUGUGAAUAUAUAUUUUAGUAGAAGCCGUUAAGAUCUUGCAUUUUAGAGGGAAAUGUUUUAUAGCAAUGUCUUUUAUCGUAGACGAAGAUCACAAAAAAGCCUCCGCUGCUGGAGCUGUCCCGCAACUGCUGGAAGAAUCCUCAGCCAAACCUUAUUGGACGGAACUUCCUGACAAUCUCCUUUUAGACAUCUUUUCUUUCCUUUCUCCUAAAGAAGCUUUAAAUGCAGGUCAAGUGUGCCGCAACUGGUAUCGGCUGUCCAAGGACGAGAUGCUUUGGAAAUCACUGCUCCAAGAAACUUUAUAUCCGGACCGUACCAAGAAGAUCAAACUGAAACUUCCUAAAUCGGCGUCCUCUUGGUUCAAGGAAUUUCAAAGGAUCCACUACAAAACACCUUUAGUGGAAAGCCAGAUACUCGAAGAACACACUGAUGAAGUCCUUCAUGUAACUUUUUCUCACAAUGGUCAGUUGUUAGCUUCAAGUUCAAAAGACUGUAGUGUAAUUCUGUGGCGCGUUUCUAGUUGUACAUGUGUCAGUAUGGCGCAGAAGAUUAACUUCCAGGAGCGUAAUUGGGAGUAUGUUCAGUUCUGCGAGUUCAAUGCAAGCGAUACAUUACUUCUUGUAUCUGGAGUCAACAAGUUACGGCGUUUAAGCUAUACAGGGGAGAUUUUUAUUUGUGAAGUACACAACUUUUCAGUGAUCGCCUUAGUGCAUGGUAUAAACAAUGAACCAUAUGAUGUGUUUGGAACAUGGCUGUCUGAAAGGUGUUACAUCUCAGGGACAUUUGAAUUUAUGGAACCUGAAAAUGAUGGGUCGUCAGUUUCUGAGCUUUGGGCAAAUUAUGUGGAUGCAUCAACUGAAAAUCAAACAAACCUUGCUCAAAUUCUCAAUCACAAUUCAAGCUCUGUUAGGACUGUUCUAGUGGCUCGGCCAAAUGCUAAUGCUUUACCACACUCGUAUACUUCUGCAACAAUGAAGAAAGAAGAGGAUAUCUGCCUAAUAUUCACGCAUGGUACUGUGACCUAUGUUCCUCAUCAGAUAGUUUUCAAGUGGGUAAAAUUACCAGAGGGCAUUAGAAGUAACUUUGAGCAAAAUACAGGAGUUUCUUCUGAGGGAUAUGAACUUUUUACCAGGAAAGACCACUGCAUUGAAACAAAUGCACAUAUAAUCGGGAUGAGCUUAUCACCAGACCAGCAGUAUUUGUAUGUGAAUUGUCGCAUGUGGGAGCAGCCAGCUGGCAUUGCUGUUGAUGAAUCAGCCCAAUUUCCUCCAGAGAUUUCUAAAGAUAUCACCUUGCAGGUUUACAGCUUAUCCACAUAUAAACUUGUUGAUGUCCACAGUGGCCAUAAAGCAUACACUGCAAAUAAUGGCUGUUUCUUCAUUUUUCUGAAUGUUGCGGACCAGCUGGUUGCAAGUGGAGCAGAGGAUCAUUGUGCUCAUGUGUGGGACAGACACUUUGGAGCCAAGCUGGCCACUCUGGAGGGACAUAACAAUGUAGUGAACUGUGUUGCAUUUAACCCAGUUAAUCAAGAAAUGGUGGUCAGUGCAAGUGAUGACCACACAAUCCGAGUAUGGAAGUCACGACAUUUGUCUAAGUUGUAUAAGGAAGCAGAUCUGGAAGAGCAAAGUGGAGAGGUCAGCUCUCUCUAUGAAGACAUUUUACGAGAGACAGUUGAAACAGUUGUGUGAACAGGAUAUUUUCGCACUAAGAAACAUUCAAACCAUGACCUUGAUCCAAAAGCUUUUAUUUCUUCUGGCAACAUAUUAUCACAGGCUGGGGUAUCUUUUAGCCAUUGAUCUGCACCUUAAACAUGAGCAUUGGACACAUUCAGUGGCAGUGAAUGAACAAAGUGGCUGAGGAGGCUUUUAACAUUUUCUAAAUGACAUGGGAUACAAAGGGAAAACAUUUGUAAGACAACACAGAAAAAUGUAGGAGAUACUUCCUAGAGAUACUUCAAGAAACAGACAUUUUACCAAGAAGGGAAAUGCUUGCCAAGGUUCAUGAUGAACCAUCAGCUCUCUUCUUUGCAAAAUGUGAAAUAUUUCUUUUUUGUGGUUGGUUUCAAAUUUAAAAGGUUUUAUCUGCAGAAUACAAAUGAUGGCAAUGAGAAUGCACACCUGUAGGAUUCAAGUAAUAUUUGUAUUUGUAGGCCUGUUUGCAUUUUCAAAUGAAAAUAAACGGUAGGUAAAACAUUG